CUCCUCUCUCUAUCUCUUCUCUCUUCUCUCUAUCUCUGCCCUUUUCGACUUGAGAGUUUGGGAAAGAAGAAGAAGAAGAAGAAAAAAGGUUGAUUUUGUGCACUUUAACAGCUUCAAUCUCACAACCACCUGAGUUUCUCCAUUUCUCUCAUCUGGGUUGUGCUCUUUUUGUCACUUGUCUCUUUGUUUUUUUCCAUCAGUUUCAGGGGAGCUUCCAAAUCCCCAGAUCCUCUGUUUUUCUUCUUAAGCCUCACUUAUUUUUCAUCCGAAUUGGCUUAAUUUUCCUCUGGAUUCGGAUCUGGCAAUAAUAAAUUGGUGGUAAAAGGGGUUUAUCAUUCAGACAACAAAGUUCAAAAUGGAAUCUUUUUCUUCUUCUUGUCCUUAGAGUCUGGAAAAAAGCAGCUCACUUUUUUUUUUAACUCCUUCCUCCUCCUAAUAUUCUUCUAGCUUAGAUGCUUAUCUCUCUUUCUCUCUCAGAUUCCAUUUGAAAAAUGCCAUUUUGAUAGAUCGAAAUUUCCAACUUUUCUCUCUCCCUCUCUUUGAGCUCCACCAUUGAGAGAGAGAUAACACAAACAUCGAAAUCUCUGCUGUGAAAAAGAAAAAAAAAACACAAAAAGAUGAACAGAGGAAUCGAAGUUAUGUCACCAGCAACAUACUUAGAGACAUCAAACUGGCUUUUCCAAGAGAACAGAGGAACCAAAUGGACAGCUGAAGAAAACAAGAAAUUCGAAAACGCUUUAGCCUUUUACGACAAAGAUACUCCCGACAGAUGGGUCAAAGUCGCCGCCAUGCUUCCCGGCAAAACCAUCGGAGAUGUGAUCAAACAAUACAGAGAGCUCGAGGAAGAUGUCAGCGACAUCGAAGCCGGUCUUAUCCCUAUCCCUGGUUACGCCUCCGAUUCAUUCACACUCGAUUGGGGAGGCUACGACGCCGGAAACAAUGGUUUUAACAUGAAUGGAUAUUACUUCGCCGCCGCCGGAGGAAAGAGAGGAUCCGCCGCACGAGCGGCGGAGCAUGAAAGGAAGAAAGGUGUUCCAUGGACAGAAGAAGAACACAGACAAUUUCUGAUGGGUCUGAAGAAAUAUGGAAAAGGCGAUUGGAGAAACAUAGCUCGCAAUUUCGUGACCACACGAACGCCGACGCAAGUCGCGAGUCACGCUCAGAAGUAUUUCAUAAGGCAAGUCAACGGCGGCAAAGACAAACGCCGAUCAAGCAUCCAUGAUAUCACCACCGUCAACAUCCCCGACUCUCCUGAUGCCGCAGCCGCUGAUACCGCAAACGCAAACGCACCAUGCUCACCACCGUCACUAGGAGGAAGCCAGCGGGAGGCGUCUGAUCAGUGGGAAGGUCAAACGCUAUACGAUGAAACAGCGGCUGCGUUUUACAAUCAAAACGCGUUUCCGGAAACGCUCAUUGGAAUGUCCUCGUCGCCGUAUAUGGCAAAACUGCAGGAGCAGAGUUUUCUAAACGCAUCGCAAUUCGAAUCGUACAAUGCGUAUCUCCAAAUGUAGCACAAGGUGAAGAUCUCGGAGAAGUUUAUGAGUUAAUAAUCAUUAAUCAUUUUCUCCUUUGUGUUUAUUGAUUCUCGUGCAUAUACAAAAAAAAUAAUAGCUGCUUUUUUCUCGAUAUAUUUUGUUUUAUUCCCUCUGUUUUCGUGGUUAAUUCAACGAGGUUUUCAGCAAAUUAAUUAGGUUUUGGUUAUUUUAAUUGCUGAGUGUUUGUGUGAUUUGGAACUUUUGUGAGCUCUCAAAUUGCUUAUCAUAGUUUAUGGAUGCUGUGUCAUGUAGGUUUUUAAUUAUUACUAUUUUUUC